GUCUCGGUCUCGGCAAAAGCUCAAUUCCACUGUGCCAUCGCAGCGACACGACAACUACUCAUUGCUUUUGAGGUAUUAAGUCCAAAAUGUUUGCCUUGCUUCUUUUCGGCGCUUUUUUAACCACUGCCCAAGGGUCAUCUUUCAGGAUGAUCGAGUUAGAGGAUGGGCUGCCGCUUGCCCCAAUCCCCAUUCCAGUAGAAGUACAGUUUAUCACACAGAAUGACCAGCAAUUUCCUGGCAAGAAGAACGUCUCCUACCAUGCGGCUCUCUGUGGAGGAUGCAGUUUUGACGGCUUAAAUGCUCGCUUUGCAGUAAACUUGGCAAACAAUCCUUGGGACAAGGAUUCGGGAGAUUACAUCACCGUUUAUGUGAGAGCAUCGGAUCCAACUGGCCAGGUUAUUGCCACAAAUCUAAUAAAUGAGGAUACAGCUGUGCCUGACUUCAACUUCACAUAUUCAGCUAAGUACAAAGAUUUGUUUUUUGACGUCGUUACAGGCCCUGCUCCUGCCUUUACGUUCACCCUCUCUCUGACAUUUGAUUACAAAGACAGAGUGUAUCUCCCUCUUCCCUGCGUUCCCCGUUGGCAAAUGACUGAUGAAGAAUAUGCUGUAGCGAAGAAUUACAGGAGGAAAGGUGUAGAAAGCGCCGGUAACCUGGUCCCAAUUUUCAUAAGCUCCUCCAUUCAAAGCGUCCAAACAAGACGGCACAAGUUGUACACUCUUGACUAUUGUUUUGGUCCCGAACACCACUACAACAUCACCAUCACAGUCAUCGCAAACGAUCAGCAAUCAGGCUUUGCCACAUACGCCUGUAAGAAGACGUACAAAAAAGGAAACUGCGACGUUGAAACCCCUUUCAGCGACAUAUCUGGCGGAGCAGUAAAUGUUGUACCCGUGGGACUGGAUGGACCGCAGGAUUAUGGACCGGUACUCGUUCGUGUGCGCGGUGAUGGGCGAUAUGACCUGAACAACAAUUUUACUCUCGCUUCAUCGUAUCCUCGCUGAUGACAAGAUGAGCUAAACCGUCUUAAAACUUUUGUUAAUUUGUAAUCAGUUUUUCGUUUUCUUUUCUUUCCCUCCCUUUUUUUGUUUUCUAUUUUUUUUUUGUCAGUUUGCUCUGUUUUCGCUUUGAUCUCGUUUUAACUGAUUUACUGAUUAAACAUUUUUUCAGUUGUUAUUU